UUCAGUCCCCUGUACCUUCUCCGUCCUCCCAUGGCGGUUUCCCCCCUCUAUCUUUCAAUUCAUUGGCUGUGAGCGUCAUGUGCGCCAGUUGUGUCGGCGUAUGUGCAGGUCAGAAGAGACAGAUCAAAGUCCGAUUGUGUUAGAUUAAUCGCAGAGCAGCAGGUGCCCGGAGAGAUCUCGAUUAAUGGGGGUUUGGAGUUUCAGAUGCAGAGGAUCUGGAGUUGCGUUCGGAGUUUGGAUCACGAGUCGGUCGCAGAACAGAACAACUCAGACGUCGCCUUCGCCACUGUGUAGUGUAAGCAUCAAGCAAUAAUAAGUGGUGGUAGUGGUGGAGGGGCUGAGAGGAGGAGAGGUCGGUAGGUGUUUGCUGGCAUCUCGUUACUUUAGCGGAAGGCCAAGGCAUUGCGAGUUGGAAGAGAUACGAGCGGCUUUGGAUCGUCUUCCGCGCAUCCUUUGCAUCAACUUGAGAGAGGGAGCUCCAAUGAGGUCGCAGCCGCUUUGAUUUGAAUCAAGUUGCUGUUUUUUCGAGUGUUUCAAGGAGGAUUGAAGCAAUACCUACCUCAUGGAGGCGAACGCGGGGCUGGUCGCCGGCUCUCACAACCGGAAUGAACUCGUGGUCAUCCGCCGCGAUGGGGAAUCUGGGCCGAGGCCACUGCAACACCUGAGCGGGCAGGUGUGCCAGAUCUGCGGUGACGAUGUCGGUCUCACCGUCGACGGCGAUCUCUUCGUCGCCUGCAACGAAUGCGCUUUCCCCAUUUGCAGGACUUGCUAUGAGUACGAGCGAAGGGAGGGCAACCAAGUAUGCCCUCAGUGCAAGACCAGAUUUAAGCGGCUCAAAGGGUGUCCUCGUGUGCCUGGCGAUGAAGAAGAGGAUGACGUUGAUGAUCUCGAACACGAGUUCGAAUGGGGAGAUGACCAUGACUCACAGUACAUGGCAGAAGCAAUGCUGCACGGCCACAUGAGCUAUGGCCGCCAGGGUUACAUAAACAACCCUCAUGUGGCUCAUCCUUUGCCCCAAGACCCCCUUCUUACCAAUGGUGAGAUGGUUGAUGACAUUCCUCCAGAGCAUCAUGCUCUUGUUCCUUCUUUCAUGGGCGGGGGUGGGAAAAGGAUUCAUCCGCUCCCCUUUCCAGAUUCCAAUAUUCCAGCGCAACCUAGAUCCAUGGACCCCUCGAAGGAUCUUGCUGCUUAUGGAUAUGGAAGUGUGGCAUGGAAGGAGCGAAUGGAGAGUUGGAAGCAAAAACAAGAGAAAUUACAAAUGGACAGGAGCAAUGGUGGUGAUAAAGUCUGGGAUAACAAUGAUGAUGAAUCUGACUUACCAUUAAUGGACGAAGCUAGACAACCAUUAUCGAGAAAGCUUCCAUUCCCUUCAAGCAAAAUAAACCCAUACAGAAUGAUCAUCUUAAUCCGGCUGGUAGUUGCUGGGUUCUUCUUCCAUUACCGAAUCACUAACCCUGCCAAAGAUGCAUAUCCAUUGUGGCUCAUAUCCGUCAUAUGUGAAAUCUGGUUUGCUGUUUCUUGGAUUCUUGAUCAGUUUCCCAAGUGGCUUCCAAUUGAAAGGGAAACUUAUCUUGACAGAUUAUCACUCAGGUAUGAAAAAGAAGGGCAGCCUUCUCAAUUAGCUUCAAUUGACAUAUAUGUGAGUACAGUUGAUCCAAUGAAGGAACCACCUUUAAUUACUGCAAACACUGUUCUCUCGAUCCUUGCUGUGGACUACCCGGUUGAAAAAGUAUCUUGCUAUGUUUCUGAUGAUGGUGCUGCUAUGCUGACAUUCGAAGCAUUGUCUGAAACAUCUGAGUUUGCAAAGAAAUGGGUUCCUUUCUGUAAAAAAUUCAAUAUAGAUCCCCGUGCACCAGAAUGGUAUUUUCAGCAAAAGAUGGAUUAUCUGAAGGAUAAAGUCCACCCUUCUUUUGUAAAAGAAAGAAGAGCUAUGAAGAGAGAAUAUGAGGAAUUUAAGGUACGAAUAAAUGCGCUGGUUGCGAAAGCACAAAAGGUGCCUGAAGAAGGGUGGACAAUACAAGAUGGAACUCCUUGGCCUGGAAAUAAUGUUCGUGAUCAUCCAGGCAUGAUUCAGGUCUUCUUGGGGCAAAGUGGUGGGUAUGAUAUAGAUGGAAAUGAACUGCCACGUUUGGUUUAUGUCUCAAGAGAAAAGAGGCCAGGUUUCAAUCAUCACAAAAAGGCUGGAGCCAUGAAUUCUUUGGUCCGAGUUUCUGCAGUACUUACAAAUGCACCCUAUCUGCUGAAUGUUGAUUGUGACCAUUACUUCAACAAUAGCAAGGCAAUACGAGAAGCAAUGUGCUUCAUGAUGGAUCCACUUAUAGGGAAGCGAGCGUGCUAUGUGCAGUUUCCUCAGAGGUUUGAUGGUAUUGAUCGACAUGAUCGAUAUGCUAAUCGAAAUGUUGUCUUUUUUGAUAUCAAUAUGAAAGGUUUGGAUGGUAUUCAAGGACCAAUUUAUGUUGGUACUGGAUGUGUUUUCAGAAGACAAGCACUAUAUGGAACUGAUGCUCCCAAGAAAAAGAAACCUCCAAAUAGGACUUGCAAUUGCUGGCCUAAAUGUUGCUGUUGUUGCUGUUGUCCUGGUGGAAGGAAGAAGAAGGCAGCAAAAGCUAAGCAGGAAAAGAAAAGGUCUAGCUCUAAGAUUGCUGAGAAUGGAGCACCGGCAUAUGCUCUUGAAGGCAUCAAAGAAGAAAAUGGAACUGAAAAACCUUAUACGACGGCUGAGCAGAAGUUAGAAAAGAAAUUUGGGCAGUCUCCUGUUUUUGUCGCGUCUACUCUCCUAGAGAAUGGGAGAACACUUAAAGGUGCUACUCCAGCUUCUUUGUUAACGGAAGCUAUCCAUGUUAUUAGCUGUGGCUAUGAAGAUAAGACAGACUGGGGAAAAGAGAUUGGAUGGAUCUACGGCUCUGUGACAGAAGACAUAUUGACAGGUUUCAAGAUGCAUUGCCAUGGGUGGAGAUCCAUAUAUUGUGUUCCAUCAAGAGCUGCAUUCAAAGGUUCUGCACCUCUGAAUCUCUCAGAUCGUCUUCACCAGGUGCUGAGAUGGGCUCUUGGUUCUGUUGAAAUUUUCUUGAGUAAACACUGUCCUCUCUGGUAUGGAUAUGGAGGUGGGCUUAAAUGGUUGGAGCGGAUGUCAUACAUUAAUGCUACUAUCUACCCUUGGACCUCAAUUCCUCUCCUGGCAUACUGUACCUUGCCGGCUGUUUGCUUGCUUACUGGAAAAUUUAUCACCCCAGAGCUUUCCAAUGUAGCAAGUCUUUGGUUCUUGUCACUUUUCAUUUGUAUCUUUGCUACUGGCAUCCUGGAAAUGAAAUGGAGUGGUGUUGGCAUUGAUGACUGGUGGAGAAAUGAGCAAUUUUGGGUUAUCGGAGGUGUUUCAGCACAUCUCUUUGCUGUGUUCCAGGGGCUUCUAAAGGUUCUUGCCGGUAUAGACACCAAUUUUACUGUUACAUCAAAGGCCGGUGACGAUGAAGACUUUUCCGAAUUGUAUACAUUCAAGUGGACCACCUUGCUCAUCCCUCCUACAACAUUGCUUAUUGUGAACUUCGUCGGCGUCGUAGCUGGUAUCUCCAAUGCAAUAAACAAUGGAUACGAAUCAUGGGGACCUCUAUUCGGAAAACUCUUUUUCUCCUUCUGGGUGAUCGUCCACCUGUAUCCAUUCCUCAAAGGUCUUGUUGGUCGGCAAAACCGGACGCCUACAAUUGUCAUUGUCUGGUCCAUUCUCCUCGCAUCAAUUUUCUCAUUGCUCUGGGUACGAAUCGAUCCAUUCCUGCCAAAAUCAGAUGGCCCUCUCUUGGAGGAGUGCGGAUUAGAUUGCAACUGAGCACAAGAUUGGCAUUGAUGAAGUAAACUACAUGGCAUCCGCGCCAAUGUACAUAAAGUUCUGCAUCAAUUUAUAGGUUGGAAGCAGUGUGCUACAGCAUUUUUGUUCUCUUUAUUAGCCGCCGAAACAGUAGCCUGAUUGUCUCUGCAAGAACAGCAGCUGGAUGAAUGGCAAGACGAAGGUUCAGCUUUGUUGAUGUAUCAUUCCAGUCCAAUAUGUACAUUGGAUUCAUCACGGUAAGGCAUGCCUGAUUAUUUAUUUAUGGUGAUACUUAACGACAUAAAAGAGAAUAUUUACAUUGCGCAUUCUUUUUUAAUUUAAUCACAACACUUGUGUCUUAUAUUAAACCUUCAAAGUUUUCUUUACAUUCCAUGAAUUAUAUGCAUAAA